UACAAUGAUGUGCAUGUGAACUUCACUCAAGAAGAGUGGGCUUUGCUGGAUUCUUCCCAGAGGAAUCUCUACAAAGAUGUGAUGCUAGAGACCUACAGGAACCUCACUGCAAUAGGCUACAAUUGGGAAAGUCAUAAUAUAGAAGAGCAUUGUCCAAAUUCUAGAAGACAUACAAGACAUAAAGGAGCAACUCACACUGAAGAAAAACCUUAUGAAUGUAAUCAAUGUGGUAAAGCCUUUGUAAGUAACAGCCAUCUCCUAAUACAUAAAAGAACUCACGCUGGAGAGAAACAUUAUGAAUGUAACCAAUGUCGUAAAGCCUUUGCAUUUAACAGUAAGCUCCUGCGACAUAAAAGAACUCACAUUGGAGGAAAACCUUAUGAAUGUAACCAAUGUGGUAAAGCCUUUGCAUGUAACAGUAGUCUCCUAAUACAUAAAAGAACUCACACUGGAGAGAAACCUUAUGAAUGUAACCAAUGUAGUAAAGCCUUCGCACAGAGCAUUCAUCUCCUAAUACAUAAAAGAACUCACACUGGAGAGAAUCCUUAUGAAUGUAACCAAUGUGGUAAAGCCUUUGCAGAUAACAGUAGUCUCCAAAAACAUAAAAGAACUCACACUGGAGAGAAGCCUUAUGAAUGUAACCAAUGUGGGAAAGCCUUUGCAAAGAACAGUAAUCUCAUUGUUCAUAAAAGAACUCACACUGGAGAGAAACCUUAUGAAUGUAACCAAUGUAGUAAAGCCUUCGCACAGAGCAUUCAUCUCCUAAUACAUAAAAGAACUCACACUGGAGAGAAUCCUUAUGAAUGUAACCAAUGUGGUAAAGCCUUUGCAGAUAACAGUAGUCUCCAAAAACAUAAAAGAACUCACACUGGAGAGAAACCUUAUGAAUGUAACCAAUGUGAUAAAGCCUUUUCACAGAACAGUAAACUCCUAGUACAUAAAAGAACUCACACUGGAGAGAAACCUUUUGAAUGUAACCAGUGUGGUAAAGCCUUUGCAGAUAACAGUCAUCUUCAACAUCAUGAAAGAAUUCAUACCGGAAAGAAA